CUUCCCGCCACCGUUUCCGGGGCAGGAGGCAAAUCAACAUCCGGGGCCGCCGGGCCGUCUGCCUACGGAAGCCGAAACACAAGCCAGGCUACUCUCCUCUCCCACAGCCACAGUCUCGCGACGGGGAGCGAACGCAGCGGCCUUCUGGGAGGCGACGCUGGGAGACCAGCCUCGGAGCAGCGUUUUCGGCGGCGGCGGCGAAGUGGCAGCACGAAGAGCCGACUGGUCAAAAGGAUGGAUUUUACAGAGGCUUACUCUGACAUGUGCUCCACGGUUGGACUUGCUGCCAGGGAAGGCAAUGUCAAAGUCUUAAGAAAACUACUCAAAAAGGGACGUAGCGUUGAUGUUGCUGAUAACAGGGGAUGGAUGCCAAUUCAUGAAGCAGCUUAUCACAACUCUGUAGAAUGUUUGCAGAUGAUAAUUCAUGCAGAUUCAUCUGAGAACUACAUUAAGACAAAGACUUUUGAAGGUUUCUGUGCAUUACAUCUUGCUGCAAGUCAAGGACAUUGGAAGAUUGUGCAGAUUCUUUUAGAAGCUGGGGCAGAUCCUAAUGCAACUACCUUAGAGGAAACCACACCACUGUUUUUAGCUGUUGAAAAUGGACAGAUAGAUGUGUUAAGGCUGUUGCUUCGAUAUGGAGCAAAUGUUAAUGGAUCCCAUUCUAUGUGUGGAUGGAACGCCUUGCACCAGGCUACUUUUCAGGAAAAUGCUGAGAUCAUAAAAUUGCUUCUUAAAAAAGGAGCAAACAAGGAAUGCCAGGAUGACUUUGGAAUCACACCUUUGUUUGUGGCUGCUCAGUAUGGCAAGCUAGAAAGCUUGAGCAUACUUAUUUCAUCCGGUGCAAAUGUCAAUUGUCAAGCCUUGGACAAAGCUACUCCCUUGUUCAUUGCUGCUCAAGAGGGCCACACAGAAUGUGUGGAGCUUUUGCUGUCCAGUGGGGCAGAUCCUGAUCUUUACUGUAAUGAGGACAGUUGGCAGUUACCUAUUCAUGCAGCUGCACAGAUGGGCCAUACAAAAAUCUUGGACUUGCUAAUACCACUUACUAACCGAACCUGUGACACUGGGCCAAACAAAGUGAGCCCUGUGUACUCAGCAGUGUUUGGAGGGCAUGAAGAGUGCCUGGAAACGUUACUCCGGUGUGGCUACAGCCCUGAUGCCCAGAUGUGCCUCUUCUUUGGAUUCAGUACUCCCAUGUGUAUGGCUUUCCAAAAGGACUGUGAAUUCUUUGGAAUUGUGAAUAUUCUUUUGAAAUAUGGAGCUCAGCUAAAUGAACUUCAUUUGGCAUACUGCCUGAAGUAUGAGAAGUUUUCAGUGUUUCGCUACUUUUUGAAGAAAUGUCCAUUGACACCGUGGAGCCACAUAUCUGAAUUUAUUAAUCAUGCAAUUAAAGCACAGGCAAAAUAUAAGGAAUGGUUGCCAUCUCUCCUGCUUGCUGGAUUUGACCCACUAAGGCUACUAUGCAGUUCUUGGAUUAACUCAGUCAGCGAUGACAUCCUUAUCUUCACUUUGGAGUUUACUAAUUGGAGGAACCUUCCUCCAGCUGUUGAAAAGAUGCUCUCUGCUCGUGCCUCAAACUCCUCUCGGGCUCUGCAGAAACACAUAGCCUCUAUUCCAUCCCUUACCCACCUUUGUCGAUUGGAAAUUCGGUCCAGUCUAAAACCAGAACAACUGCAGUCUGACAGUUUUAUCUGUCAGUUGCCACUUCCCAGAAGCCUACAUGAUUAUUUGCUCUACGCAGAGGUUCUGAGGAUGAAUGAAGUUCCAGAGCUGGCAGUUAUUCAAGAUGGAGAAAUCAGAGAAGCUACUUAACACAGCUCAUGUCUUAACCUGAAAACCAAGAUAAGGAGCCAUGGAGUACAAAUUCUUCAUGAUUUUAUGGUCACAAAAGAUGGUUUUUGUUUGUCUGAUUGGUUAGGUAUUAGAGGGCAGUAAUUUAAUGCAAAUGUUUACAGCUGGGCUUCCCGGUCAAAAAGUAUUGUAAACCUCACUCAUGUUACUUUAUUGUAGUUUCAUCACCAGUACAAUUUAUGUUGUAAUACUCAUUUACGUAACCAUUUUCUGCUUUAUUCUGUUACAGAACUGUGAUGCUACUUCUAGUGCUAAACAUGGCAUAUUUCCACCUAUAGUUCUGUGUUUACCUAGGGCUAGAGUUUAGAAUGGAAUGCAUGAAUCUUCACUGGAAGUAUACACACAGUGGGGUUGAAUCUAUUAUUAUUUUAUUUGAGGUUGAAUAUCUUUUAUAUUUAUAAAAGAACUAUCUUAUAUUCCAUUCUCUUAAUUCAAUCUCUUUUAUCAAGAAUUGAUAUUCAUUGGCUUUUUAUGAUAAACUCAGGGGAGAAUUCUUUUUUAAAAGCCUAUAGAAAAUGAAUCAUUUUGCUGUUUUUUUUUUUCCAGUUCCUUGAUAACUCUCUGGCUAAAAAAGACUCCCAUUUCUGCAAAGGCAAGAAAAGAUCUAAAUUCAAAGAUAUGUUCAGUUGAAAGAAACUUAGGUUGGUAUUGAGAUAAAUAAGCAUUUUACCACACUUACAGUGCUAAUUAGGAGACUGAGAGAGACAUUUCUGUGGUACCAUCUUUAAAUAAAGAAAGGUAUGUAUUCCUUUGUCACUCAGUAUCAAAACGUUGAAGCUCCAUUCAGCCUCUAAAUCAGAGGGCAGCUUUGAUCCUAUGAAGCAAUGAUUGGUAGUUCUGUUAAUAUUAUAGUGUAUUUCCUUUUUGCUAUCUAGAUAGGUUAUCAAAUAGUCUAUGAAAAUUAAACCUUGGAAUCCUAAGUUAGUGAGACAUUGCCUCAUUGGUGUUAAAAUUACUCAAUCUGAAUCUAGAGUCAGAGAGGACUAAACACUCAAGUGAGCUUUGAUAAAAGUCUGUGGGCACUAGCCUUGAGAGAAAGGUAGUGAAAGCAGGCAACUAGAGAUGGAGUCCAAAGCAGGGGAAAGAGCCUGUCCUUUUAAGAGCCUGUGGCUUAAAGUAGAUGGAAGUGGGUCAGUCAUAUUCAUCUCUGAUAGGCUUUUCCUGUUUGAUGAAAGCAGUGAUGACGGUGUACCAUUUGAUAGAGACAUUGUUAAUGUCCAGAGGGUUGACUGAACUUAACUCAGAUUAGAGCUAUAGUUGCUGCCUUUGGGGCGGAGAUAGAGUUUGAAUAUGGGUAUACGAGCAGAAAUAAGGGUAGAUAUAGAAGAACAGGUGGAAAUUCUGAUAGUUAAUAAAGAAAUUCUAAAAAAGUAUAUGCUAUAUGAUAUUUUUAAAAUGUUGUCUGUUUCUUUAUUUUUCCAAACCCCAAGUCUCUGAUUUUAACAUAACCAGUUUUUUGUUAGGGUCCAAUGUACAUAGAAUGUUUACAUUUAAGGGUGAAUCUUUUUGUGUUUUCAUGUUCAAAUAUGUAAUAAAAAUUCAACUAUUUGUAACUUA